CUGUUAACACACUUCCUGCCAUCCUUCCUUCCUCUUUCUCCUUUCUCAUUACAAAGACCGCGUCCAUCAUCAACUACGUCGUUGACUAUUCUCAAGCCGCCUCCACCAACUCUCUCUACUUCUUCUUCUUCUUCUUCCUCUUCCUCUCUAAUCCUCCCCGCAUUUUCUUCUCUCUAUCUCUCACUUUAUUGAUCUUAUCCAAACUCCGGUGAGUUGUUAGAGAUGAAUGAUCUGUUCUCGGGGUCCUUCUCCCGGUUCCGCAGCGAGCCGGACAACGACGAGCACGUCAUCGAGAUGUCGUCGGCGACGGGGGCGUCCGGCACCGGCGUCAAUCUCGACAAGUUCUUCGGCGACGUGGAGUCGGUCAAGGACGAGCUCAAGGAGCUGGAGAGGAUCCACCAGAACCUCCAGACGGCUCACGAGCAGAGCAAGACGCUCCACAACGCCAACACCGUCAAGGACCUCCGAUCUCGUAUGGACGGUGACGUCACUCUCGCUCUCAAGAAGGCCAAAGUCAUUAAGGUCCGCCUCGAGGCGCUGGAUCGCUCCAACGCCGCCAACCGGAGCCUGCCUGGCUGCGGCCCGGGGUCGUCGUCGGACCGGACCAGGAUCUCCGUCGUCAACGGGCUGAGGAAGAAGCUGAAAGACUCCAUGGACGGCUUCAACUCGCUGAGACAGAAGAUCUCUCUCGAGUACAGAGAGACCGUCCAGAGGAGGUACUACACCGUCUCCGGCGAGAAUCCUGAUGAGAAAACCCUCGACCUCCUCAUCUCCACCGGCCAGAGCGAAACGUUCCUGCAGAAGGCGAUCCAAGAGCAAGGCAGGGGACAAGUGCUGGACACGAUCAACGAGAUCCAGGAGCGGCACGACGCCGUUAAGGACAUGGAGAAGAAUCUGCAGGAGCUGCACCAGGUGUUUCUGGACAUGGCGGUGCUGGUCCAGGCCCAGGGGGAGCAGCUGGACGACAUCGAGAGCCAUGUCCAGAGAGCCAGCUCCUUCGUCAGGGGUGGGACGCAGGAGCUGGGCAAGGCCAGGGUGUACCAGAAGAACACCCGCAAGUGGACUUGCUACUUGAUCAUAUUGUUGCUGGUGAUUGCUUUGAUUAUUAUUUUGAGUUUGAAGCCGUGGAAUUGGGGCGGCGGUAACACCACGCCAGCACCGCCACCGCCUCCAGCGGCGUAGGAGGAGCAGUGUUGUUGAUAUUGUUAUUGGUUAUGGUUACAUAGUAGCAGUAAUUUCAGUUAUUGAUUUGUUGUAUAUUUUUUGAACUGUGGGGAUUCCUAAAUUUUCUCUGUAAUUAGAUUGCAAUCCUGAUCGGGUAACCGGGUUGCUUUGCUCUUUUGCAAUCUUUAACUAUGCAUCUAAGAACUGGUUACGAUUUUUCA